AUGAAUAAUAUAUGUAUUACUUAAGUUAAAACCAGUCUUGGGGAUACUGGGAAUUUUAAUUCAACAGAAAGAAAUGAGAAACACAGAUAGGCGUAUUCAAGAGUUCUCUAGUUAAAGAAGUUGAAUUUGAUUCAAUCUGAAACAAGAAUAGAAACUCCAGAUAAAGAUAUAGACGAAGCUGAACUUCCAUUAAGAGAACAUUAUUAUCGAGAUACUAUUAAGCGUUCGGCGACGAUCUUUAAAGUGGCCUAAGAAGAGAUGGGUAGAUACUAAACAGAAUGGCAUUGGAAGUUUUUCUUUGAAUUCCUAUUUUAUCAUAUUAUGUUUUAUAAUCUUUUUGGGCCCUUUAUGGUUAUAUUUUUUUGGAAAUGGCCUGGUAUGCCAUUGAUGAUAAAUAUGAGAUUUUUAAAGCAUCAUCCUCAGUUUUAUUUCUAAUUGCUCUUAUGGAUGGGUUCAUUGGCAGGUGGUUACUGGUAUGUAUUUGAUAAUAGAAAUAUUAUAACUUUUACUGAAAUACUGUUUACUUAAUUUGCCCUCUUAAUAAGGGCAGUUGUAAUUGCUGCUAAAUAUGCUACAUUAAGUAAAGAAAGAAUCAAAUUAUACAAAUCAUAAGUCUUAAGUGAAGAAGUAUUUACCUUUGAUCUAAUGAUGUGGGAUUGGAGGCUUCAAACUCCUAAAGUAUUAUUUCUAGAACAAUUGAGAUUUUUGAAAAGGAGAGAAUUGGAUCCGGAUUUUUACAAAAUUGACUUCUUAUGCUAACCACAUAUAAAGACAUUAAGGUAAGUGAUAUAGGUGGAAGUAGGAUUUUAUUCAGAAUGGUUAGAAUAGUAGGAGGAAUCAUAAGUCGCACCGAUUAUAGACAACACGUUCAACUGCUUUUUUAUAUUUGGAUAUUUGGUCAAUUCAUAUCAAAAAAUUCACACUCCUGGAGGAUUUUCUAAAUAUGUAGUUCUAUAAUCUUUAAUUUUAUCCUUAACGCCAUGUUUAUUAAGAUUAUAAUACUUUUGUGAAAUAGAAGUUGGGGCUGUUGAUAUUAUAAGGAUAAUUGUAAAUGUCUUGACUACUUUUCAAGGAUUCUUUGGCUCUUUUGUAUUUCUCUAAAUUGGGCUAUAUGAUUUAUAAAGAAAGUUUUAUAUUUUAGAUUAAUGUUGUUAUAUGUUGAAUAUUAAAGAAUAAAAAUAUUCAUCAGGCAAAAAACUAUUACCAACAAUCAACUUUAAUAAUCCAAUCACCUUGUAGGCGUGGUCAAUGCUGAGGGGAAUGGCCUUUGAUUAUGGAAGAACAUAUGAUUUCAGAAUUCAAGGGUUUUAUUCAUUGAUUUUUAUAGGUUGGAUAUUUUUAUUUUUGUUUGGUAUAGGGGUAUUAUUGGAUUUUAUACAAAUAGAUUACUUUUAAAUUACUUUACUAUCAGAAAUGCUAGUGAUUCUAACUGGUUUUAUUGGAUAUUAUUUAUGGCAUGGAGCUAAAUUAAAUGAAUAUUAUGAAACGUUCGAUAUUUUACUUGAAGACGUUAGGAAUAUGUAUGUGGAUAUGCUUAGAAAGAAAGAAUAAUAUUUUAUAUUAAACUUGGAUGUGACUAAUGCGAUCCACAAAAAGUUUGUAUUUUUGUUGAAGAGUUAAGCUAGAUCUGUUGAAACCAUUACUUAAUAUAUUAAUGUGAUAAUAGAAGAAAUAGAUGAUGCAAUUAGAUAAUUGAAUUAUGAUGAAAGGCAUACCCCAUUUAAAAUCUAUGGUAUUCGAAUAACUUUAAACUUCUUGUAAAGUUUAGUGGUUGCUGUAUGUACAUUAGUUGGGUAUGCUGUAUAACAAAGGAUGUAAAAUGUAGAUGUUGCUUGCCUUAAAAAUUGA